GUAACCUUCACAUGUAACUUGUAGCUUUUUUAUUACCAAGUCCACGACUAUUUCAAACGUACCAUAAAAUCUGAGAGCCCGGAAAAUCUCUUGGACUAAAAUCAUUUUGAGGGAGCUCAAAAAAUUAGAUCAAUGGAGGGAGAGGCUGAGAUUGAUCGGUUGCCUCUAGACCUCUUGGCUAAUAUCUUUGUUCUCAUCACUUCCUUCACUGAUUUGGCACAAGCAAGCGGUGUGUGUAGAAAAUGGAAACAGGGGGUGAAGCAGAGUCUGGGACGCAGAGACAGUUUGAGCUUUGCUGGUUGGAAGAUGGAUGAUGACUCCACAGCUCGUCUGCUUCGCUAUGCUUACAGCCUCAGAGACUUGGAUAUUUCAAGGAGCCGGUGGGGUUGUCAGAUAACCGACACCGGAUUGUACCGGAUCUCUUUGGCAAAGUGUAUCAGCAAUUUAACAUCCAUAUCGUUAUGGGGUAUUACAGGGAUCACGGAUAAAGGUGUUGUUCAUUUGAUAUCCAGAGCUAAUUCCUUGCAGCACCUGAAUAUUGGUGGCACAUUCAUCACAGAUGAAUCACUGUAUGUCAUUGCUAAUAGCUGUCCACAUUUGAAGACUAUUGUUCUAUGGAGCUGCCGCCAUGUAACAGAGAACGGCCUUCUUUUUCUUGUAAAUAGUUGCCGCAAGCUUGAGUCCAUUAAUUUAUGGGGAACCAGAGUUCCUGUAGAAUGCUUCAUUGCUUUGCUUACUAUCAGUCCAGCUCUUCAGAUAAAACCCAAAGGACUGACUUAUAAUGUUGAUGCUUCUAUGUUGCCUGUGAUAUAAUGUCGCCAUUCUUCCGAGUUCUGUGUCUAUGUUGCCCUACAUCUGUGCUUCCUUCAGCUCAAUGCCUUGCGUGGGACUGAUGGGAGGUUGAGGUUUCUUUAUCAGCUCAAUAAUUGCUGGCGUUUGUAAUCUCGAUCUGGCUCUGUAUAUAGUUAAUUGAAUCACAUCCAACUUUAUUCUUUUGUGAAUGUGUGAAUAAGAUUGAAAUGAUUCUAAAGUUUGAAAAACAGUAAAAUGACAACAUUAUUGUCGGGGUAGGAUUCCAAGUCGAAUCAAAUAAUCAAGUUCAUUGUAGGGUUGAAAUUUAUGUGCCUCUAGUAUCCAAAAGCCCUCUCAAGUCCACUUUUAUAAUUGCAUUGCUCUUUUUUAUCCCUUUCCAAAGGUGGCUUAAGAGUAAUUCUACGUUGUAAGACAUGCCCAGAGUCAAAUAUACAACAGUGCUCAAAUAUGGAAGAACAUUUUGAAAACAGAUCAUAUGUGUAGCGAAGAUUGAAUCUGUGUACUGCAUAAUAACAUUAAGUGGAGAAACUAAAUUGAUCUUCUGUCUAGAAGUGCAAUCUAUGAAUGACCCCUUUGUUAAAAGUGGGAAAAAAAAAUUAAUGAAAGCAAACCACAGCCGACGUUAAAUGUUAAUACAGACUCUUACAAAAACCUAAUACGAUAAUACGAGCAGCAGCAGUUAUAUAGAUGCUAGGUAGUACAAUCCUCUAUGCAUACUACGUUACACCAUUUCCUGACAAAACA